CGUGUUUACACCGUCUUAAAAAUCUACAGUAGUGAUGCAUGGUGAAAGAAGUUUAUACCAAGAAAGACAGCAGUAUGUAGACACAAAGAACUGUCAAUGUCUAGCUAUUCAUUCUAUGUAUAUAGCUAUAGCUAGAUUCAAUAUUUUGGGAUGUCCACAUAAAUUAUGUGGGCAAAUCGAGAAAUUGUGUGAUCACACAGUGCGUCAUAAUAUAAAGGUGUAUUUUGUGUUCUCCUGUUUUAUAUACCUAACUCUAAAAUGUUUCUGUGUAUUUCUUUUUGUAUAUUUGUCACCAUUGAAUUUAUACCCCAAUAUGACAUUUCUGGUGUCCACCAUUUUGUUGUGCUCACAUACCUCUGUGUGCAUGAUCACAUGAGCAAGUUGAAGUGAACAUGUGAAAAGCUAUUAAUAAGUAACCUCUUCAAAAACUGCCCAACCUUCACAAGAGAAGAGCUUUUAGGGUAACCUGUGCCAACUAGCUGAUGCUGGAAAAGAGUUUACUCAAAAGGUCCUCUUACUUAACAACCACCUUAACAACCGUGGACGAAUGGACCAAUUGGAUUUCGAGGAGGCCGCUAGCAGUGAUGAUGACUAUUCUCCGGGAUCACUGGUCAUUGACACAGAGGGCGGAGAAUCGACGAGCCCUCAUCUCUCUCCUAUUGAUAUCCCCCACAGCUCUCCUCUACCCCCCACAGACUCAGGAUCAGAGUACACUCUGCCCAUGCCUCUAAUGUCCCUGGCACUACCUCCUCCAACCAUCCCACCAAUGGAAUUACUGCCCCACCCCCUUUCCAACUCGAUGCCCCCACAGCAAUACCCCCUCACAUCCUCACAGCCUCACAGCCACAUACCCUCACAGCCACACACCCUCACACCCUCACAGCCUAGCAGUGGAGAAGAGACGGUGGUGACGCUGGGACACCAAGUGCUAGUAGUCAAAGAAGGUUCUGCUCCAGUGGACACGCUCUGUGUCUACUACUACCACUGGGGGAGCAUCGUAUUAGACGUCCUGGUAACCAACUCUCUUCCUAGCUACAUACCCGUCAAGAACGUCUACCAAAGAGCCAUCCCAUCUCUCAAGCAAAACGUCCUCUCAGCGCGAAUCUCAAAGCACGGUAUUCGCAGUGCAGUGUUAUCAGAACCGUACGUGUCAACCGUUAAAAAACUCGGCCUGGGGCUAACCGGCAGUUCUCAUUAUAUCACUAUACCUGAUUUUUUCAAAAUUUGCCGCUAUUUCAAGCACACUCCUCCCGAGAAGUUGUCUAGUUUUCAAUUUGUCACGUCUGCCGUGUCCACUGACGAUGUUUUGGUGAUGUUUAAUCAGCCGGAGAGUGACCGUGGGCGGGAGUUACUUGUGAGGCUGUGUACGAGUGAGAGUAGUGAUGGUAGGGGCGUGGCUAACGAGACGUCUAGUCCGGCAUUGUACCCACGUGUCGAGGGAGAGAUGUCACAUGACUACGGAGGAGUGUCCGAGAUUGAUGCUCGGACUCUAACUAUUCCGGGGGGCAAGAUAAUCAUUCUGAUAAUUAGAGAGGGUGUUCCGUACAUCCCCAACCCUGAGCUCGCUAAGAUACUGCCCAAUGUCACGAGAACAGCGAUGGAGGUCAUCAGAAACACAUACGGCAUUAUCGUAGAGCAGUCUAGCAAGCCUGAGAUCAACCUGAUGAAGCUGCUGGGUGUGGUCAGUCCCAAGGCAGGACGUACUCUGCUCUACAGAGUGUCUGACGUCGCCAAGAUGUACCCUCACUGGAAGAUGAUCAUCCCUGACUUCGUGGAGGAGCUGUGUGCAGGAAAGAUACCAGAGACUAAGGUGGACACCUCGCAGUCCCUCCCUCCGGUGGGCUUCUCCCCCAGCUCAGCCACUCGACGGAAACGGAAGAAUGGACGUGCUAAAGUGAGGAAAUCUGAUCCCCUCUGGACAGGCAAGGUGGAGCGUGAGGGUGUGUACGGGAUGAGUACCGAGGAUCCUGUGUGGAUGACUAAAGCCGAGGCCUUCCCCCACCCCUCCACCACCCUCACAACACCCACACCCUCACACUUCACAACUUACACCCCCUCACAUCUCGCAACUCCCACCCCCUCACACCUCACACCCGAUUGGUUUCAACAGCCCGUCAAAUUGCUGAAUUCAAUCGAACAAGCACUCAAACAUCCGUCCUCCGAGUAUCCCAGUAUGACAUCAAGUCACAUGACUGAACCUUCAAGUCACAUGACAUCUGUGACUGGCUCCUCGAGUCACAUGACAAAUGCUGGAGGUCAUAUGACGGCUGAUUUCAUUACCCCCAAGCCCCCUCCUAAGAGACGAAGGACCUCUAGUGCCAGCGGACCUCCUCUUGAUGAUUCAGGUCUGGAGUAUGCCUCUAUGGUGUGGGGGGACCACACUCUGACGCUGCUCUGUCCCCAUAGCAACCAGCCGUACCUACCCAUACCUGACUUCAUGCAGAGGAUCCUGAAUGAGCGGCCGUACUUGAAUCCUCAGCUACGUACACAGAUGGGUGUGGUCCCACUGCCCGCCACCUCCCUGCAAGUACACACCCUACGAGCUCACGGCAGUAGCUCCAACUUCACAGGCAAAUUGAAGUUGCUGAGCUUGAGUGAUGCAGUUCGACUAGCGGCCAUUUCUGGAGUCCCCAUCCCCGGCUCUGUCAUCAACACUCUCAGAUCAUUUAGUCAUUUUCUCCAUCAGCCUAUUGAAGAUCUCCUCGCUCCACAACCCACACACAACUCACAACCUCUACACGCCUCACAACCCACACACGCCUCACAGGGGGUGGAGCCUACACCGGAAGUGAUACAGGAAGCAACCCUACCGUCACAUCCUGAUGUCAUUGAUCUGGGAAGAAAUUACAACUUAGGUGUUGGCCUUCUGUGUCAGGUAAAAUGGGCCGAAAUGAAGUUAGUGGUGUACGUUAUGGCCCCAGGCGUCUUCUACAUGGGACUCUACCAGGUGUACGAGGAGUUAUUCAAGGUGUACGUGACGAGGGUGAACUUCAAGAUGAGGAUGAGGAAGCUCCAUGUGCGCAGUAUCAGAGCUGCCUCCAUUGUGAGGGUGAAGCUGAUAGAACUGGGAGCACUGCCACCUCACUGUCCUGUGUGUGGACUCAUACUAGUCUCUCAGAUGGAGAAGCUAGCUCGGUCGUACGGAGUCAUCCCUCCCAACGUCGUGUAUGAAGCAUUCAUCUCACAAGAAGUUGAAGUGGUUCCACCCAUUCCCCAGGCAAAGGGGGGACGACCACGAAAGGUCCCCAUCCAUCACAAGGCCACACCCACUACGAGCACCGCCCCCUCUAAUCAGAAGGAGCACAACGUCUUCAUGUAUCAAUUUAACGACACUCCAAAUAACUCGCAACCUCCGUCCAUUAGCCUCGUUAGUCGCACGCCCCCUGUCGUUAGUUCAAGUCAUCUGAUUGGCCAGUCGGACGCGGACAAGCUCAUUUCUCCAGUGUACGGAAUGGUGCCUUAUCUUACCUCAUCUUGGGAGAGCAUAGGGGAAUCCCCCAAUCCCAAGCAUUUAACGAUGACAUCAUCGCCGCCCGUCUCCAUCAAAAAUCUGAUACCAACAACGACAUCAGAAUCAGAAUUGGAAUCUCUGAUUGUCUCGAUUCCACGAAGUUUAACCCAAUUUAGUUACUCCCAUUCCAAUGUUGUCUCAAGUGCUUCAUCAUCGAAGGCAUCUUUGGGAGGUCCGAGAAGAAAGGUACUUCAAAGUCUGGCCAAGAAAAUUGCUCAAAAGAGUCGAAAAUAUACAACCAACUCACAAAUUUCCUCACUGCCACAAAAGAACAGUGUAUCAUUCAACGAAGUUAAUAUGCCUGAGCGAAUGUGUACGUCGUGUCGCCGUAGCAACCCGAUGGACAAACGGAAGUGUGUGUAUUGUGGUAGUGGUUUGGGACGGAUUUGCCCGAUUUGUGGUAUGCUCUGCCCCACCAGUGCCACCAGCUGUGCUCAGUGUCAUGCCAACCUCACCUACACCUGGACUGUCACAUCGGGUCACACUCUCACGUCUACCUCUCUAGUGACAACCCCUACCACCUCAUCAAAUGAGGGCGUGGUCAGUCCCUCGUCCCCCACCUCCCCUAAGUUCUCAGCCCCUCCCAUCAGAAGUGCUGUCCUCAAAAACCUAUUCCCUCAGGACUCUCGUCGCUCCGAGGGGGUAGACCCAGCACUGGUUACUAACGGAGGAGGGGGACAGCUGCUCACAAAGACGACGUUCAUAGGCAACAUGGCCUCGUCGAGGAAGUGCUAUGAGUGCGGUCAACUCAACAGCAAGAUGGCUAAGAAGUGCAUCGGCUGUCGGAGCCACUUGCAGGGGAGGGCUUGUUUGAGGUGUGGUCGUCCCAAUCUGUCGAUAGUGUCUCAGUGCCACAAGUGUGGAGCCCCCCUCCCCAACUCUGCCACGCCCAGUCACGCCUACAAGGGGAGCAGAGGAGGCCGAGAGUACAAGACCUCCCAGCAAAGCCACGAGGAAAAGAUUUUGAAGAGCACUGCUCCCAUCUCUUGUAUCAGCUGUCACAAAAUUCGACUGAGGAACUACUUCAAGUGUGGUCGCUGUGGUGACGUGUUUAAGUCACGCCCACUCGUUGAUAAGACCCCUCCUGAGACGACAAAGUCGACGGAAGGUGAGGAGCUUGGAGAAUCAUCCAAUCAGAAAAAGGGAACCAUGUCACAUGACACACUGGGCAUUAAUACAAUCACACCAACAUCAAAUGAUUUGUCUGACUUUAGUGAUUUCGGUCGUAACAUUGUGACCCUUGACCUUGCGGACACGCUGGCCCCGCUGUUCAUUCAGAGAGAGGAGGAAUGCAAAGAGCAGCUGCCACAGGUCGAGGAGGAGAUGGAGGUUGUCGAGAAUGAGUACCAAGCUUUCCUCUACAAGAAGCAGCUGUUACAGAACUCGUACGAUGACGAACAAGCCGAAGUUAACGGCCUAAUUAGAGAAGUGGAGAAUUACACCUCACUAUUGGACAAUGUACUGGCAGCAGAGAGAGAAGCUCAAGAAAUGUUGGAGACAGUGCCGCAACAAAUCAGUGAACUGGAGACAAAGUUGUCCAAAAUUAGAGACACUGUUAAACUGUUUGCAGAGGUCAGGGAACUGUGACAUGCAGCUGUCAGCAAUUAGUGGAUUCAUCUUUAUCAUUUUGUGCUAGUUCAACCGGCAUUAAAUCAUCUUAAUUGUGUUUUGUUGAGUUUUCUGUUCUGACGAAAUUUAAUAGUCAGUCUUUAUAAUUAUUAUGGCUUAUUAUUAUAUCUCUUCAUCUCUAUAAUUUUAUUUCGCAUUAUACUGACAUAUUGAUCGAUGCUUGUUAUUUUGCAUUCGUGCACAUGAUCACCGUAUAUAUAUAC